AGCAGCACUGCCCAGGUCACCUGGCAAACUCAGCUGCUGUCAGCCGUCUGAUUAUGAAAGAUGGCAGGAAACAAGUCUUACACUAUUGUAGAAUAUUUCGGCGGGGAUGAUGGCUACCGCUGUGGCUACUGUAAAAACCAAAUAGGAAACUUUUCUCAUGGGAUGUGGUCCCACACCAUGACAGUACAAGACUACCAAGACCUCAUAGAUCGAGGAUGGAGAAGAAGUGGGAAGUAUGUUUAUAAGCCCAUAUUGAAGAAGACAUGCUGUCCACAGUAUACCAUCAGAUGUCAUGCACUGAAAUUCCAGCCUUCCAAAUCCCACAAGAAAAUCCUGAAGAAGAUGAGCAAAUUCAUUUCCAAAGGGGAACUGCCAAAAGGAGAGGAAGAUGGCGAGCCAAUGGACUCAGGGUGUGGAGAGGCAGGCCCACGGGAACCGAGCAAAGUCUGUCACUCGGAGGUGAAGUGUGCCGCUAUCACAGAUAUUCAGAAGGAAGUAGCAGAGUGUCCUACUAUCACAGAGGGUCAGAAGAAGGCAGGGGAUGCUGCACCUACAGGUUCAGAAACAUCACAAAAGGAUCCAGUGUCUGUUCCAGAUGGUAGAACAGCAGCUGCAGCUCCUAAACCAGGGAUGGGAGCUGAUCCUAGCCGGCCAAUAUGCAGGAAGGCCAAAGACUUGAGGAAGGAACGACGUCUUCAGAAAGACCAGAUGAGACAACAUACUGAUGGGGUCUCUUCCAUUGUCUCUCCUGCCCAUCCCGCUCCUACCCACACCAACCAACCCAAACCCCUGGAAGAGUUCAUCAAUGAGUCACUGCCUGAAAACUCUUCUCAUUGCCUUGAGGUGAGGCUAGUGCGCUCCAAUCCCCCUAGCCCGCAGUUCAAAGCCUCUUUCGACGCCUCCUACCAGGUGUACAAACUCUACCAGAUGGCCAUUCACAAGGACCCUCCUGACAAACCCUCCGAGAGCCAGGUGAGGCUAGUGCCGGUGAACUUUGAGGACCCUCAAUUCGCGGUGUCCUAUGAGCAGUCGGCGGCGCUGUACGCCCGCUACCAGAUGGCCAUUCAUGGUGAUGACCCCAGCGAAUGUAGUGAGAGUGAGUUCCGGAGAUUUCUCUGUGAUUCACCACUAGAGGCCGAAUAUUCUCCAGAUGGGCCUGAGGUGGGCUACGGCUCCUUCCACCAGCAGUACUGGCUGGAUGGGCGCAUUGUGGCAGUGGGAGUGAUUGAUAUUCUGCCUACUUGUGUGUCCUCUGUCUACUUGUACUACCACCCAGACUUUGCCUCACUGUCUUUGGGCUCCUACUCUGCUCUCAGGGAGAUCGCUUUCACCAGGCAGCUGCAGAAACAGUCCCCCAAACUGUCCUACUACUACCUGGGCUUUUACAUUCACUCCUGCCCCAAGAUGCGGUACAAGGGGCAGUACCGGCCUUCAGACCUCCUGUGCCCAGAAACCUACAUCUGGGUACCGAUAGAGCGAUGCCUACCCCACCUUGAGAACUCUCGCUAUGCUCGCUUCAACCAGGAUCCUGAUGCAGGAGAUGCUCGGGUGCUGAAGGAUGUGGGCCGAGCUCUGGUGCUAUACAGACGGACUGUCAUGCCCUAUGCAGCCUACUCCCGCAAACGCAAGGGCUCCAGUGAUGAGACCGAGGUGCAGCAGUAUGCCGGCUUGGUUGGUCAGGACUGUGCUGAAAGGAUCUUGCUCUAUCGCUCCUGAAUGCGCAGCGUCACACCACUGCACCUUUUAAUAUACGUAAAUACACACUGUCUGUUAUUGUUUAAAUAUAUCUGUGUGUCUCCUCACUGUCUAUGAAAGUGCUUUCUGCUGUCUCUCCCUGUAGUCUCACCACGUGCACGACACAUGUUGGAACAAUGCAGUAGCCAUUUACUAUCUACUGUAUGUAUGUAGCCAUUCACCCAUUGGCCUCAUUCACAUUUAUUUCAUGAGUUCGAUUUUAUUAGUCAGUGAAUCCUGCAGCGUUAGUUUAUUUUUUGUGCAUCCCUUCGCUGGCUUGCUACAGGGACAAUUCCCCUGAAUGUUUUUUCAUAUCUUGCGUCCAUACAUUAGAUUUUUUUUCCACCAUCUUUAAUCCUGUAUGCUUAGCUAUAUGUUGUUUUAAUUAGUUCUACAACCUGUGCAUACUAAAAAUUGGGGUGUGCACGUGAUAUGACUGCAGAAGACAGUAUCUGUGAGUAAAAAACCCAUUUUGCAAAGGAGUGUUUCUGCAGGCAGAAAGCCUCCCAAUGCACUUGGAACUCAUAUCUUUGGUUUAAAUAAAAACAAUACCACAGUAUAGAAAUACAGGUAACAAUCCUGCAUUUAAAUUGAACUUACAAAAAUGUUAUCAAUAAAAUAUGAAGUUGAUUUUAAUAUUUUCUGUUAGGGAAACUGUACGAUUCCUUUGAGGAUUAAUGAAGUUUUAUCUUCAUUGGAACUUUCCAGCAAUAAUAGACGUCAUACCUUUUUAUUGGUUAUAUUUUGUAAAAAGUACAAUAUUUGCCUCUGAAUUGUAGUGGAUUAGAAAUAUAAAAUAUCAGAAAAAGAAAAUACUCAUAUAGAAUACAAGUACCCCAAAAUUGGACGUAAUUACAGUACUUGAGUAAAUGUAUUUAAUCACUUUACUUCACUGCCCUGUGACCUGUUUGUAUAAAUCACUGAGUAUGCAUUGGAUCCCGAAUGACAUUUAUGACAACCCCCUUCAUGAUGAAUGUUAAGUACUGACAUUAAUUACAUUUCGUGGUUAGUGUUUUAGAAGUGGUGAAAAACAGCACUGGCAUGUUAAAUUAUAAUAUUUCAAUUUAGCUUGAAGCAGCCGUUCAGUGGUGCUGCUGGUGUUUCACAGCAUUUGAUUAAUGAGUCAGCAACAAUCAUUACAACUCGGAUUUCCAAUCAAGAGCGGAGCUACCAGUCACCGUCCCCAUCUCCAAAUUCUCUAAAGUCAAUUCGACGGAGCAGGUGUCAAAGCUGCCAGUGCAUGGUGACACUCAAGCAAGUAUGCUUCUCCUCCUGCAUACACUGUCCUGUGUGCUUGCAGAACAGAAAUGCUUUGUUUUUCUCUUCCACAUACUGUUUUCUGUGCUCUUAUCAUGUGCACGUGCCAGUUUUGUUUUUCUUUAUGCACAGGUUUUGAGAUUAUUAAACACCAUAUACAUGCUAAUGUUGUAAAGGAGCGUCUUGAACACAGUAGACAGCUCUCCUGUUAACUGACACGGUUAUGAUUCAUGUCAGCAUCGCCACUUAAAGAGCAUGGUCUUUUCUGAAUGUACAGUGAUUUUGAAGGUGGCUUUCACUUGCUUGCAUUACAUCACAGUUCAAGCUGACUCAUAUUAUACCACAACAUUGUUUUCACUCGAGUCUCUGUGAAGCAAAGAAGCCAUUGUUUGCAAUGAUUUUUGUUAUAUUUAUAGUUUUGUGUGCUUUUCUUUUAAUAUCGACACUGUUAUUUUUGGUUAAACCAAAUAAAGGGGUUGUAUAGUC